CGAAAAGAGGGCUUGUCCGGCAAGCCCUCCGACGGCUCCAGCCAGCUACCGUACUGUAUCAACAGUGAUCCGCUUGUCCUCGAACACGGCCAUGACUGCAAAGUGACGUCGCGGACCGCCGUAGAAAACAGUGGACCUGAGUCAAUAAAUUCACGCGGCGAGAGGUCGGAGAAAGGUCGGUGUGUCCGGCCUAGACCAACAAUGGCCAAUGGCAGCUCGAGCAGGGGCCGCCAGCCUUGCAGAAGCGAGUGACAAGGGAACCAUUUCCAAUAUAUUAAUAUAGGGAGCAGCACUGUUCUCUGCAUGUCUUCUUCCCCAGUUUCCAGUCUCAAGAGUUUCGAUCAGAAACUACAUACAUUAUACAGACCUCAUAUUUACAUACCUUGAACACCUACACUCGCUGAGUGUGUCGUAUUGCCAUCGACAUCACUCUGCACAAUCACCUCAGACCACUCUCUCCAUCACAUAUAUCCAAUCAUAACACCGCAAUGCCGGAGUCUUCAUCAUCAGACUCCUUGCGGAGUACAAGUCCUCAGCGGCCUGUUCAACAUUCAGAAUUCAAUCAGCUACGGCUUCACAGGACGGAAACCCGUCAAACUCUUCAAGAAUUGGGACUGUCGCCAACUCCGCCUCCGCCCGAUGUCAAUUACCCCGAAUUGGGUCGUGCCGAGAAUCCGGUGUUUCCCGAAGAAUAUACACUCGAAACUGAGACCGGUCUUGUGCCAGUCCAGACGUUACAAGAGAUCCGAAGUAGAGUGUCGACAGUACCGUCACGGAGAGGACGACGACUGAGCUUCGUUUCCGAGCCUGACUUGGAAAAACGACGAACCGAAGAAGCAGAAGCCGAAUUCGUCACCUUCAAGAUCGGCGACCCAGAGAAUCCACACAACUGGGGUCGCGCUUUCCGAUGGUACAUCACCAUGAUUGCAUCCUUACUCGUGGUGUGCGUCGCUUACGGCUCAGCCAUAGUCACGGGAGGCCUGGGACUGAUCGAGGACAAAUACCACGUGUCUCUCGAAGUCGCGACUCUGACCUGCUCCAUCAUGGUAUGCGGGUUCGCCGUCGGUCCUCUCCUGUGGUCCCCACUGUCGGAGAUCAUCGGUCGACGACCGGUGUACAUCAUCUCUCUGGGGUUAUACACCAUAUUCAACAUCCCCUGCGCUCUAUCUCCCAAUAUUGGCGGGCUUCUCGUCUCUCGGUUCCUGUGCGGCGUUUUCUCCAGCUCCGGCCUUUCGCUGGCCGGCGGCACGAUCGCUGAUAUCUGGAACAUCGAGGAGCGUGGCAUGGCCAUCGCAUUCUUCGCAGCAGCCCCCUACUGCGGGCCCGUCAUCGGCCCAAUUGUGUGCGGCUGGAUCAACGUCGGCAGCGGCAGGCUUGAUCUGUUCUUCUGGACGAACAUGGCAUUCUCUGGCGUGAUCAUGAUCCUCGUUGGCUUGAUUCCAGAGACGUACGCACCAGUGAUCUUGAAACGACGUGCGGCCAAAUUGCGGAAAGAGACAGGCGACCCGAACAUCAUCACCGAACAAGAAAAGGUCAAGUUGACGUUCAAGGAGGUCGUUCGGACCAGCUUGAUCCGGCCUAUCACCAUGAUUCUUACCGAGCCUGUCUUGGACCUGAUGUGCAUGUACAUUGUGCUCAUCUACGCCAUGCUGUACGCCUUCUUCUUCGCCUACCCAGUCAUCUUUGGUGAAUUGUACCACUACAACGACGGGCAAAUCGGUCUGAUGUUCAUCCCCAUCCUGAUUGGCGCCGGAUUCGCCCUUGUGGCAACACCCACUCUGGAGAAACAGUUCCGUCGGAUCUGUCUCGCCCGCAAUCCUACCCCUGAGGACCGGUUGAUCGGUGCCAUGUGGGGCGCUCCAUUUAUCCCGAUCGCAUUGUUCAUUCUGGGCGCCACGUCGUACCACCACAUCAUCUGGGUUGGCCCUGCCUCAGCAGGUAUCGCUUUUGGCUUCGGCAUGGUUCUCUGCUACUACUCGGUCAACAACUACAUCAUCGACUCGUACCAAAAGUACGCCGCGUCUGCGCUGGCUGCCAAAGUGUUCCUGCGGUCCGGCGGUGGUGCCGCUUUCCCAUUGUUCACCACCCAGAUGUAUCACACCCUGGGUCUACAAUGGGCGUCAUGGUUGUUGGCUUUCCUCGGCCUGGGCAUGGUUUUGAUCCCGUUCAGUUUCUACGUCUUUGGUGCUCGCGUCCGAGCCAAGCUCAACAAGGACUGAACAUCUUAAGAAAUUGAGUGGAUAGACCAAGCUGAGAGAUUAUGUGCUCUGGAGCUUGAUAAUACCAAUCGAAGCAGCCGUGCCACUGGAACAAAGCAGGGAGGCUGUGUCAUCUCCACGCGUCGUUCAAGCACUUUUGGUACCAUGAAAGGGAAUUAAACAACGAUUCCCCAUACUCCCUACUAACGCCACGUGGGACACGAGCCAGUGUGACACUGUCACGAAACCAUCAAACGAAGCCAAAACUUCGAGAUACUCUGGCGCCUCUCAUGAGGAUGCGAAAGGUCGUCAUCAAAGAAGGGCCCACACCCUGAAUCGACCGAUCCGUGGAUCUGUCUUGUGAAUAUUUCUGAAAAGAAGAGUCUUUGAGGACCUUCCAGCUCGGCGCUUUAUGGCGUUUUGCUUCCAUGGACGAUAUCUUUUGUGGAAUUCUAAAGCUGCUUGGAUUGCGCAUGGCAUAGCAUAGCAUAGCAUAGCCUACAAUGACUGACGUUUGUGAGCUUGAGGAAGUGGCAUAAUGAAUUGCAGGAAAAGCCCCCUCGCUCGUCGGGUUUUGGUCGUAUAUAUUUUACACCAAUAUAAAUUAAUAAUUCUAGCCAGA